AUGACCGCCCGCCCGCAAGUGACCGUGACUGUGCGUCAGUAUCGCCCAGAAGAUCAUGCCACCGUCACCAAGAUUUUCAUCGAGGGUGUGAUGGCAGCUGACAAGAAUCUGGACUAUCGCUACCUCUGGGAAGAGCGUCUUCGCAAGGACCUGACGACCGACUUGGCCGAUAUCCAAGCCAACCUCGUCGCCCCGGGUGGGAACUUCUGGGUUGCAGUUGGGACGACAAACGGAGCGAGCAAAAUAGUCGGCAUCAUCGCCCUCUAUCGCAGGUCUGAAGCUGUCGGCGAGGUGAAAUGCGUGUACGUGGACCAGAGUUGCCAGCGCAUGGGCGUCGGCCGCAAGCUCAUCGCGCAACUGGAGAGCUGGUCGCGCCAGAACGGAAUCAAGAGCUUGUUCCUGACGAUCAACGCCGCAAACGAGAAGUCUCAUGGGUUCUAUAACGCUCUCGGGUACUCAAUGGUGGAUGAAGAAGACCUGUACAUCUGGCAGAAAAUCAAAUACUUCCCAGUCCACAAGUUCGUCAAGGAGUUGUAG